AUGGUCAACAUCAUCUCCCGCCUCACCCGGCGCGCGACCAGCUCCGGCAGCGCCGCCACAGACACCGGCGCAAAAGCACCACAUGCUCAAACUCAACACGGUCACACCUUGAAUCGAACAGUGAGCGCCAGCUCGGCUAAACGACUACGUCAUGCGCCUGCAGAUGAAGCAGUGGCGAGACAUCUGCUCUUGAUAUCAGAUACGGCUGAUUUCGACCCACAUAUCAUGCAUCGGUUCCAAGCGGAAGGGUUUGACGUCAGAUCUAUAGGGUUUGUGGGUAGUGGGGAUUCAGAGCGUGAUCGGAAGGCCCUUGAGAAUGCUGUUCAUGAGAAAGAGGAUGAAUUGGAAGAGGGAGAGAGAUACGCUAUUGUCGCAUACAAUCGCCCCGCAUACUAUCUCCUCGGCUCUCACCACCUGACAUCAAGCAAUGCAAAUCCAUUCCCGCGGCUCUGUGCUUUAAUCGCAUAUUACCCUCUCACAUCCACUGACCAAUGGACACGGGACUACCAUGGCGGUGAAGCUGCUGGCCCGGCAUGCUGUAUGACGGAUUCGAUCUUCGAGCCUGGUCCGAGUACUACGUACCUGCCUAUUCAAAUCCAUCUACCGGGUCACGAAGCAAAGCCUACAUUCUGGCCCUGGAUUGGGCUUGAUUCGAGUGAGGGUGAUACGACUUUUAAGAAAAGACAUAGGUGCUAUGUGUAUGCGUAUCCGGGAGCUAAGGCGGGAUUUGCGGAGCGGGAUGCUCAGGGGAGAAUUGAUGAUGGGGUUAAUGCGCAGUUGGCCUGGAGUCGGGUUAUUGGUUGUUUGAGGAGGGCGUUUGGGAUUGGAAGUAAGUGGCCGGUGGUGGACAUUGAAACUGUUUGGGAAGAAUACUGGGCGAGGGUUAUGGUUGGUCUCGAGGAUGGGAAGGAGAGUAAGGGUCAUGGUGAGGGGCCGUUGGAGUUGAUGGUUAUGAAGGGGCAGGCUCAUGAGGGGAACAUGAGGGGGCGAAUGGAUAUGCAUGAGGGAGAAGGGCCUGCUCUAUUGUGUGUUCCGUCGAACGCUGGUGGGUCUAAUCCGAAGACUUUGGAAUCCUUCUUUGUGCAGACUUUCAUUCCGAAUGGGCCCGCGAGCCAGCACAUCCGGCUUUUGUCAAGGACCGUGGGCGCGGAUCAGAUUGUUGAUGAGAUAUCGUUCUCUUUCAGACAUACCGCGGAAGUUCCGUGGCUUUUACCUGGCGUGGCACCGACAAAUCGUGAUAUUCAGACUGUCAUUGUCGUGGUGGCUUGUUUCUGUGCGGAUAAGAUUGUCAAGCAAAAUCUGUACUGGGAUCAAGCUGAUGUGCUUGUACAAGCUGGAUUGCUGGAUCCACAACUUGUGCCGAAGACCAAUGUGGUUGGGUAG